CAGUUGCCUGCGCUAUUUCAGAGAGUACACUUCACGCUUUCGCGGUUACAAAAUUUAUUUAUUUACAAUAAAUAAUAAAUUGCAAAAAAACAAUGUUGCGAUUUCUACAAAUCUCAAUUAUAUUUUUAUUCGCAAGCAUCUGUACCACAGCAGCACAAAUGAAAGAACCGCCACUAUUUCCAAAUUGUAUAGGCGAAAUUUGUUUUUGUAGCCGCAAUACACAUGAGGCAGUCUACAAUGGUAUUAAAUAUUGCGCCCCAGAUGGUAAAGAGAGUUGUCCUGAUCACGCUGUACGAUUGUCACAGGAAGUUUGUGAAUGCAGAAAAGGCUAUCGGUAUCUCAGCAAUAAGCGAACGAAAUGUGUGCCAGAGCGUACGAAGCAACCCGUCCCAACAACACCAAUAACAGAUAAAACAACAAUAACAACAACAACAACAACAACAACAAAUAUUACAACAACACCCGCUACUGUAAUUACAACAACAAGCAUAGAACCUAACACUACAAGAUCGAAAGAGCCAGGAAGUAACAUAUUUUACAUAUAUAUUGGUAUUUUAGUAAUCGCAAUUACGGCGCUAUCGUUAAUCGUUCUUUUGUAUAUUGAACGAAAACAGUAUUGUUAAUAAGUAUGUAUACUAUUAUACAGUUAAUUUGUCAGUUUGAGUCCAAAAAGCACAUGCAUAAAUAGAACACCAUAAAAGUACACAUGAAUUUAUUGUAUAUAUAAUUUUUUUUUAUAUUUUUUAUAUAAUUGCACAAAUGUCUGAAUAUAAAAUAAAGUAGAGUAAGUGUAAACAAAACCUCGCAAAAUAUGAAAUAAUUUAGACCAAAACAAAAGUAAUUCCUUUUACUUGAUUUCUUAUUUGCGAUACUCUUAUAACUGAGUUCACGCUCUAUCAUUUGCCUGACGAGUUCUCUGUUUCGCCCUUUUAUUAUUUUAUUAUAUUACUUAAAGGCAAAUAAAAAACCACUGUGUGAGUUUGCGGUUUCCUCGAUCGGACUAUGACUAAAGGCAAUGACUAAAGUAUUCUGAAAAUACAUUAUAUACUUAGAAGCCACGCCGGUUAUCGCACUUGUGCAUUAUUUACUUAUGAAACAAUCGCUAAUAAGCGCGGCAAAACUACAGCAUUCAAGUAUACUUACAUAACAUAUAUUUAAUUUUACAUACUUGUAUGUAUGUAUGUUAUAUCACACCUAUUUAUUACACGGGUCAACAAUAAAAUAAUUGUUGUUUGUCCUAAACUUUA